UUUUUUUUUUUUCUUUGACAAACUCUUGGUACUCUUUCUAUUUUACAACUCAGCCAUGGGGAUCUAUCGACCUUUAGUGGUGACGGCUUUAAUAGAAGGAUGUCAAAUCCCAGCAUGUGGUGUGCCCGCUACAAUGAGAAUGAACCUAAUGGCUUCUAGCAGGGAGGAUCCAAGGAUACUCUACAUUGUCAACGGUGACAAGAUUCUUGUGUAUCAUUUCUCAACGCUCACACCUUCGGGAAUGCCCACUCUUUCAAAUUGGCUCUCUGACCCAAGAUGCACAAACGAUCAUGUCAAUGAUAGAACAAUCAAUGUAAUGAAGAUUGGAUACCUUGGCACAGAGGAGGUCCUGGUAACUGCUGAUGAAACCGGUGAUGUCUGUGUAUGGUUCACUAUGAACCUUCGGCGUGAUCCACUGUUACUGAGUGUUGGGAAGUCUGCAUGGGGGAUCGCCAUUCAUUCAGAGCAGCGUCUGAUCGCUAUAUCGUGCAAUGCUCAUACUGUCACUGUGUUUCAUUGUGGAAUUGACUCUUGUUGGUCUCAGCGAGUAUUGUCCAGAGAUAAUUCAUCAACCAGGACAGAUAAUGGAGCAGGAGCAAUAUUAACAAAUGUAGCUUCGUUAGCUACUUCAACUCCACUCCCAUCAUUCGAACCUCAUAUCGAGCACACCUCACAACAAAUCCUUCGUGGACAUCAACACAACAUUCCUUCAGUCACAUUUUCACGCUGCGGGAAUUUUCUUGCUACAGCGUCAGUGGAUCGUACUUGUAGGACCUGGCGUCUAUCGGAUGGACAACAAAUCCAACAUAAAUCAUUAGGGCCCCUUUGGGGCUGGGGGGUCUGUUUUGUGGAUAAAGAUGACUCCUGGAUGACUCUUUCUCGACAAGAAUAUAAGCAGAUCCCAAAAGACCAUUUGCAUCCAGGCAAAUUGCCUGGUCAGAAUGUCAGAGAUUCUCCAUUAUCAACCACUGCGUUUUCACAACGACGAUUACCCCCUGGAAGGGAUUAUCGAAUGGUUCGGAGUCGAUGGUUUGCUGGCCCGUUACAUAAUACUUCAUGUGACGAGCUUGAUAGUGAUGAUGAAGAUCCUCGGAGGAGCCGUGGUGAUGCUGAUGGAGCGGACGAAAUAGAUUACAUGGAUGAUCGAGAUGCAGCCUUAUUUGGGAUGGACGAUGAUGAAGGCGAAGAUGAAUGGGAGGACACGAGUACUGAUGGAGGAGAAGGACAUGAAAGAGAUGUAGAAGAGCAAGAGGAAGAAGAAGUAGGAGAGACGAUGGAUGAGGGUGAUGAUUUAGAAAACGAAUUCGGGCGACGGGGUCUAGAGGCGAUUCUGCAGCCAAUACAACAUUCGGAUGUUUCUGCCGAUACAGGUGACGAUGCAGAUAUCGAGGGUACUGGUAUCGAUACAGAAGAUGGUGGUGGCACUACUACAGAAGAUGGUGCUGGCACUAGGUCUUCAACCGUACUUGCACAGCGGAGCCAUCGGACAGAUGUCCGGAGGCCGAGCGUUGCAGCAGCGGCCAGAUCGUCAAUCCAACAGCAAGGAGAGUCCUCAUCAGAACAUGAAGUACUAAAAGCGUCUAUGUCAUCAGCACGUACCACAGAGUCAAACAUUGCUAUUAUGGACAAAAUUGAUGAUAAUGCGUCCGGCGGCCGAGGAGAUCAUCUUGAUCAGUCACUGCCUCAGGAAGUUAUAGAAGCUCGGGAAUGGGCAAUCAAUGUAGAUCCGAAUGCUUUCACAGCUUAUAUAUGCACACAACAAAUUAGUGAAGGAUCGCUGUCCUCCCAGCUCCGAAACCAUCGCAACCGGAGAUUAGGCAUCGGAACAAAAGCAACGGCAGCAUCAGAGCUUAUUGCGGCCCAAAGAUCUGUGCCGCCCUCCACGUCAAACCUGCUAUCAAUGCCGUCACCUUCACUUUCACAUUCCACCCUAACAUUACCUCCGCUACCAGCAUCAUCACAACCACAGCCUUCAUUGCCCUCAGAGCUUUUACUCUGUGCAACAGCUCGCAACAUUUAUCUCCUCAGUCAAGAUCAUCCACCACCACCAAAUAGGCGUACAAAAACAUAUAGCUCGAGACUAGCAUCGGCAAGAGACUCUUUGGAAAGCCUCCAGUCAGACCCUCCUGAUGAAGGCUUGAUUACCCAUAAUGAGCUGUUGAUGUGGCACAGUAACCUAUUUCAAGACGAAGACCCCGACUACGAUUCAGAUCCGUAUUAUGACUAUACUAUGGAUGAGCUUAUGGGCACUGCGGACGAUGAUAGCAAUAGUGGUGAUAGUGAGAGUGAUGAUGACAACGAUGACGAUGACCCUUAUGCGCAUCACCACCAUCACGAUAAUGAUGUUGACAUGGAUGAUCAGGAUGAUGAGGAGGAAGGAGUCCAGGAAGGAGGAGAAGGUCAGAUUCCAGCUCUUUAUACUAUCUCUGUCGCACGUGCAGCUGUUGCAAGAGCCGACGGACGACGAUUUCAUUUCCUGGAACAUUUUGAUCGCAUCUUCAAUAUAUUGCUGAUCCCGGAACUAAAUGUCCUCAUUGCAGCCAGCCAGAAGGGCGCAGUGACCAUUUUUCGGUUGCUGAAGGUCUUAGACGAUCCAUCAUGCUCAGAAACUUUGACAGCUGAAACUGCUACAUCAGCAGCAGGAGCAUCGUCGACAACAUUGCCCACGGGCUCAACGCGAAAAGGGAGUGUAGCAGAGUGUAGCAUUAGCAGUAUGGAGCAUAAGCUUACUGGAGACGCGCUGACAGGAGCAGGAGUAGACAACGAGGCAAGAAAGAGAAUGAAAAAGAAGGCAGCGGCAGAGGGCGAAGGGAUGGACCAUUCAAACGAUGACAAGAGCCAGCAUAACAGCCGCGACCAUGACCGUGACAAAGAGCAUGAGCCAAAGUUUAAAGCUACCAACAAGCCCGUGGAACGAUUCGUACUCUUCCCAGAAGUAUAUCUUCCUCGGCUGGAGCCCCCACCACAGCCACUCUUUGGUGUCUCGGUCGUCCCUCUAUGUUCGCCUUCAUCUUCGUCAGCAUCUGCAUCAUCAGUGUUCCUGUUGCAUCUGGCCUAUAUUGACACUCAGUUUUAUAGUUAUGAAAUCCGUCUUCGAAACGAAAAGGAUGAUACUGUCGCUUUGAAUAACAUUUUUGUAUAG